AUGAAGGUUUCCAUCGUCCUUUCCACUGUUCUCGCUGUCGCGGCCAUGGCCACCCCCAUCAACAUUGCCAACCAGGCACGCUUUGCGGGCGGCUAUUCGACUGUUGCAAUUCCCAGCGAUUAUUAUCCCACCGAUAUCUCCAGCGCUGCUCCGAGCUCGUUCCCCACCCUUGGCUCUAGCUCCGUCCUCGAUGAGAUCACUACUGCCGCUGACUCCUCUUCAGAGGAUGAGUCCUCCAUCAUCUCGGAGGACGACUCUAGCGACUACUCAUCCAUUGCGGAUUCUUCAGCUGAGGAAAGCACAGCCGCUGAGACCACUGGUGCUGAUUCAUCAGUUGCUGAGUCAACUCCUGUUGAGACUACCGCUGUUGAGACUACCGCUGUUGAGACCACUGCUGUUGAGACCACCGAUGUUAGCGGCAUUCCGACCGACUACUCAUCUGCUGCUGAGUCGACUCCUGCCGAGACCACCGCUGUCGAGACCACCGCUGUUGAGACCACUGCUGUUGAGACCACCGAUGUUGAGUCGACUGUUGCUGAGACCACCGAUGUUAGCGGCAUCCCGACCGACUACUCAUCUGCUGCUGAGUCGACUCCUGCCGAGACCACCGCUGUUGAGACCACCGCUGUUGAGACCACCGCUGUCGAGACCACCGCUGUUGAGACCACCGCUGUUGAGACCACCGAUGUUGAGUCGACUGUUGCUGAGACCACCGAUGUUAGCGGCAUCCCGACCGACUACUCAUCUGCUGCUGAGUCGACUCCUGCCGAGACCACCGCUGUUGAGACCACCGCUGUCGAGACCACCGCUGUUGAGACCACCGCUGUCGAGACCACCGCUGUUGAGACCACCGGUGGUGAGUCGACCGCUGUUGAGUCGACCGCUGUUGAAUCGACUGUUGCUGAGACCACCGAUGUUAGCGGCAUCCCGACUGGCUACUCGUCUGCUGCCGAGACCACUGCUAUCGAGUCGACUGCCGCUGAGACCACUGCCAUUCCUACUGACUACUCGUCUGCUGGGGACUCCAGCUCUGUCCUUGAUGAUAUCACAACGGCUGCUGAUUCUUCGGCUGAGGAGACUACCGACGCUACCACUAUCCCCACCGACUAUCCGACUGUGCUUCCUACCGAUAUUCCUGCCACCUCGGAUGUCGAGCUCAGCGAGCUUGAAUCCGACGACGGGUCCAAUGAUGAGGAGAGCGGUUUCCCUGAGAUCGAGCUCCCAUCUGGCCUCCCUUCAGAUGUCAUUGAGCUGAUUGAGAGCAAGAUUGCCGAGGUCGAGAAGCUUUGCGAGGAACGCCGCAACCGUCACUCCCGCUCCCGCCCUUCGCGCCAUAGCCGUCACCCCCACUCUCGCCACUCCCGUUCCCCUCACUCGCAUAACAGCCAUGGUCGCCCCUCGUACUGGACCAACUUCGGUGUUCCCACUGACAACGUGUACCACGCUAAGCCCACCGGCACUCAUGUCAGAGACUAA